UUAGGUAUAUGUGGAAUUGGGAUUCUUCUUUCCUUCCAUUUUGCAGAAUGUCGAAGGGAUCCAAUACCUGUUUGUUCGGCGUCAUCCGACCUGCUGCGGAUAGCUGUGAUGAAAGAGGGAAGUCGGUGAAAUCCAAACCCGAAUUGCAACCUGAACCGGAAUUGCCAUCGGAACUGAAGUCGGAACCGGAAUUGCCACCGGAACUGAAGUCGCAACCGAAACAGAGAGAGAAAUAUGAAUGGGAAUCGAAACGCGUUGAAGAUCUUGAGAUGAGUGACUUCUCUAUGUUUGACGAUGACAUUGAGCCUUUUAUGUUUAUAUGCGCGCGCUUUAUUUACAAGAAUAAGGCCCAGAUUCAAAAAGAUAAGGAGAUUGAAGUAGCCAUGGCUGAGUAUCGUGAGUGCUCUCGCAACCUAAGUGUGUUCGAUGCUAUCCCCGUUCCAAAAAUCUCAGGAAAAUGUGGGGGUGUCGGUCCCCUUCCUAUGACCGAUGAUCGUCGCCUUUUUCUCACUCCCGCCUGCCACCUUGCCUUAGACAAUUACAAUGCUGAGAAUCAGGGUCCAAAUUUCGUUUUUGUUGACGUUGUCAAGACAACCUAUAGACCCGGUGGUUUCUAUUACAUUACCUUUCAAGCACAAGAAGAAAUUCCCAACAGCCCUGUUAUAGCUUUUCAGGCCGAAGUCAGGAUUUGGAGGACUGACCCACCUAUCAUCAUCAAGUCGUGUGCCAUUAAAACUACUUAACACACUCACCAUGGAAAUUAUGUCCAAUGCAUCCACCUGCUGUGAAUUUACCUUCCAUGAAUCUGAUUUUGGUUAUGUACAAACCCAAGCUAGCCCGGACAAACUUCUGGGUGUAGUGAAUUAAACGUGGUGUUUAUGUAGAUAGUAUAUUUGCUAGAAAAUUUGGGAUUUUAACGUCGCAUGUCAUGUUAUUUCACACCAACGAAUGUCACUAACACUAAUGUUUGUCAUUUAUCUUUAUAAUCGGAUGACAUUUCCCAACGCUUGAUAUGAAUAUAUGCAAGUCUUGAAUCCAAUA